AUGCCUAACAAUCCAGGGAUGCAAAUGGCUCAAGCACCACAACCAGUGGCACGCAUAGAGCCACCAGCCCAACAGGUCGAACCAAACCCUGGUAUAGUAUUGGUAAAUAGAAACCAAAAUGCUGAUGAAGUAAUAGGGAAUAUUCAACAAAACCGUUUCGAUAGGCAGAAUAACCUGGCCCAAAUGGUCGAAACAAUUUUAGUACAAAAUGGUUUGAACUUGGGCUUACACAGGCCGAAUUUUGUGUCUCCAUUAUCUGAGUAUGUGUUACAGACAGAAUUACCAAGGGGUGUGAAAAUCCCUAAGUUUACUAAGUUUGCAGGAGAGACAAAUGAGUCUACUGUCGAACAUAUUGCUAGAUAUUUGGUCGAGGCAGGGGAUUUGGCUAAUAAUGAAAAUUUAAGAAUGAAAUAUUUCCCUAAUUCCUUAACUAAAAAUGCUUUCACAUGGUUUACAACUCUUCCUCCUCAUUCUAUACAUAAUUGGAACCAAUUGGAGAGGAUUUUCCAUGAGCAAUUCUAUAUGGGACAGUCUAAGAUAAGCCUUAAAGAGUUAGCCAGCGUUCGACGUAAGGCACCUGAAUCAAUUGAUGAUUAUUUGAACAGAUUCAGACUCUUAAAGGCAAGGUGUUUCACCCAAGUCCCUGAACAUGAAUUAGUCGAAAUGGCUGCUGGUGGCCUAGACUUAGUUAUUAAUUUGGUCUCCAAAUUAUUUUAA